AUGGAAGUUCCUGAGUCUCGUACGUGGAUGUACAAUAGAGUUGGACCUAACCGAGUUGGAAUUACAGAAGAGUUCUUGAACGGGGUUGAAUAUUUCAUUGUUUAUGCUUGUCAAAAUAGUUCAGAAUUUCAUAGUACAGGAACAAUAAGGUGUCCAUGUGUGAGGUGCAAAUGUACAAAAUAUCGAGGGUUGGAUGAUAUAAGGAUGCACUUAUACCAGAAAGGUUUUCAGCCCAUAUAUCACUGCUGGACUAGUCAUGGUGAAGAAAUGCCAAAUAUUCCCCACGAGGCGACUGUCUAUGUGCAGACAGAUACUGCAAAUUAUUACUGGCAAAGUAGUAAUCGGGAUAGUUUCAAUCCAUAUGAACAGAUGGUAAUGGACGCUGCUGGACCAUCUGUUGGGCAGGAGCUCUUACAAGAAGAUAAUUACAACCAGCAGUUCGUGUCAGAACCACCUAAUCCUGAGGCACAAAGGUUUUUUGAUAUGUUGACUGCUGCCCAAGCUCCACUAUGGGAUGGUUGCGAGUCACACUCAGAGUUGUCAGCUACAAUGAGGCUUUUAAGCAUUAAAGCUGACUACAAUAUGUCACAGGGUUGUUUUGAUGAUGUCGUUCAUCUUAUGAAGGAGACUAUGCCCGCAGAUAAUAGAAUGCCUGCAACUUUUUAUGAAGCCAAAAAAUCUAUCUCUAGACUUGGUCUUGGUAAUCAGAGAAUCAAUUGUUGUACGAACGGUGGUAUGAUAUACUAUAAGGACGAUGCAAAUUUGACGCACUGCAAAUUUUGCGAGGCAGACCGUUAUAAACCUCGAAGAUCUGGACGUGGAAAUUUCAAGGAGAUUCUAGUUAAACGUAUGUGGUACCUGCCAUUAAUUCCCAGGCUUCAGAGGCUAUUUAGCUCAACAGUUACAGCAAAGGAGAUGAGGUGGCAUUAUGAGCAUCAACAAGAGGCCGACAUCAUGUGUCAUCCAUCUGAUGGAGAAGCAUGA